GGAGGUAAAGAAAGGUGCUCUGCGCGCGCGUGCGGCGAGCGCAGAGCGGAGGGAGGCUCGCCGCGGCCGUGGCGAGGGCCGAGCACGAGGUUUGCGGCCGUAGCUGAGAAACGCGAAGGCGCGAGAGAGAUCGAGAGAGUGGCAGCAACCCCCCGUGUCACGGUGUUGCCAGGAGCCGCCGGUGCACACACUCCUCUCUCUCUCUGUCUCUGUCCAUCUCCUCCGCUCAGCGGAACAUGGCGUAGCAGCCGACCGACCGACCGAACGACCGAGGCAAGUUCGCUCAAAGCGGUCCGGGUGCACGAGGAAGACAUCAAGCCAUGAUGAUGCAGGAGGCCCUGAAGGAGCUCGCCGGGAGUAGCCUGGCCAAUCAGAACGGAGCGAGCAAUGGCAGUGGUGGCCAAUUGGAGGGCAGGAUGAGCUGUGACCUCACAGCUGCCCCGGAGGUGAGCACUGCAGACCUGGUCCAUCUGCAGCAGCAGCAACAGGCACUGCAGGCGAUGGCUCGGCAGUAUCUCCUGCAGCACCAGGCCGCGUCACUCAAGCCACAGAAGGUCAACGACAAGCAGCCCUCCCUGCAGGUUCCGGUGUCCAUGGCCAUGAUGUCCCCUCAAGUGGUGACACCGCAGCAGAUGCAGCAGCUCCUGCAGCAGCAGGUGCUGUCCCCGCAGCAGCUCCAGGCCCUGCUGCAGCAGCAGCAGCAGGCGGUGCUCCUGCAGCAGCAACAGCUUCAGGAGUUUUAUAAGAAACAACAAGAGCAACUCCACCUUCAGCUCCUGCAACAGCAGCAGCAACAGCAGCAGCAACAGCAACAACAGCAGCAGCAGCAUCAUCAGCAUCACCAACAGCAUCAGCAGAGCAGCAGCAAGCCUUCGAAGGAACAUCUGGGCGCACACCAGCUGGCGUUCCAGCAGCAGCUCUUGCAAGCUCAACAGCAGCACCACCUGAUUAACCUACAGCGCCAAGGACUGGGGCUGUCAUUGCCAGGGCAAGGCUUGUCUACAUUAGCCCAGGGCUUGAGCUCGACGGAGCGCCAGCAGCUGUGGAAGGACGUGAGCUGCUCCGGCGGCACCGGAGGGGCGCCCGGGCCCGGCGGGGUCGGCGCCAGCACCAGCGGGGGCGCCUGCGCUCCUGGCGGCCGGGCCGGGUGCUCGGACGACUCGCUGGCCGUGGUGACGUCCACCAAGAACGGCGGCGGGCUCGACCUCUCGUCGCCGUUGUCGUCGUCGUCCUCGUCGGCCAAGCCGUCGCCACCGCUGGGGCAGCCGCCGCCGCUCGCCAACGGGCAGCGCCACACGCCGCGCCGGGAUAGCUGCUCGCAGGAAGAGGUGGUCAAUGGCACCCACCCGCUGUUCGGUCACGGCGUGUGCAAGUGGCCGGGCUGCGAGGCUCUCUGUGAAGACUACGGCCAGUUCCUCAAACACAUGAAUGCGGAGCACGGGCUGGAUGAUCGCAGCACUGCACAGUGCCGGGUGCAGAUGCAGGUGGUGCAACAGCUUGAGCUGCAGCUGUCGAAGGAGCGGGACCGCCUGCAGGCCAUGAUGUCGCACCUCCACAUGAGGCCCUCGGAGCCAAAGCCGACCCCGCAGCCCCUGAACCUCGUGUCGGCCAUCACUUUGUCCAAGAGCGUGGCGAGCUGCGCCAACCCCUGUGAAGUGUCGUCGGGCUGCUCGGGCUCCACGAGCUCCCACAGCGUGCCCCUCACCCCGACGACGCCCACGCCGGCGCCCACCGCCCUCACCCCCAGCGGGCUCCCGCCGCUGCCGUCGCUGCCGCCGCUGGCCGCGCUGCCCCAGGGCGUCAUGCACGGCGUGGCCACCCACCCCAACCCGGGCCCUCCGCCGCCGCUACCGCCGCCGCUACCGCCGAUGCUUAACCGCACGCCGGGGCCGCUGCCUCCGCCGCCGCCGCCGCACCACCACCACCAACACCACCACCACCACCACUCGAGCAUGCACGCCGGCAUGGGCCCCAUCCGGCGACGCCACUCCGACAAGUACAGCAUCCCGGUCAGCGCCGACCUCGCUCAGAAUUACGAGUUCUACAUGAACGCCGAAGUGAGGCCGCCGUUCACUUACGCCGCCUUAAUACGGCAGGCCAUUCUGGAGUCUCCCGACAGGCAGCUGACGCUUAACGAGAUCUACAACUGGUUCACGCGGAUGUUCAUGUAUUUCCGCCGCAACGCUGCGACGUGGAAGAACGCUGUGAGGCACAAUCUCAGCCUGCACAAGUGUUUCGUUCGCGUCGAGAACGUAAAAGGAGCCGUCUGGACGGUGGACGAGCUAGAGUUCCAAAAGCGAAGGCCGCAGAAAAUCACUGGAAGUCCAUCGCUGAUGAAGAGCAUGCAGGCUGGCCUUGGCUUUGGCGCCGCAUUGAAUGCCAGUUUACAGGCGGCCCUCGCAGAGAGCAGCCUGUCGUUCCUGGCGCCCGGCCUCGCUAACCCGGCCGCCGUAGCCAUGCUCAACGCCGUGCAGGACGAGCUCAACGGCUCCAUGGAGCACUUCAACGGCAGCAGCCGUGGAGCCAGCCCCGUCCGGUCGCCCAUGCGCCACCCAAUGCUGGUGAAACAGGAGCCUCUGGACACGGAGAUGGGAGCCCAGAACCAAGAAAUUGAGGAGGAGCUGGAGGAAGACCUGGAAGGAUCCUUCCAGUCGACCAAUCACGAGCAGGGCCUGGAGGAAGAGUCCGGUCCCCUGAUGUCAUCGGCCUAUCAGGGCUUGGAGGAGGGCCCAUUCCACCGCUCCACCAGCCACAGCUCUGACACCGACGAGGAGCGAGGAGGCUUUGAGCGCGACGAUGCCGACGAAAUGGAGGGAUAAACGUUUUCCGCGACCCUCUGUAAAACAAACAAAAAACAUGACAAAAAAUUACAAUGGAUGUUAUAAUGAAACUUUGGUAGCUGGAGAAGACUGUUUUUACAUUUGUCUUUUGAAACAAAGAACAUUUAAAUGUAGAAGCUUCCCAGUUUCACAAUGUGUCACGUAAAUGUUGAUUUUCGGGAUGGGAGGGGGAAGAAAAUAAUAAUUGCUGUCGCGUCUGGGAAAUUUAAACUGGAGACCAAAACGAUUCCUCUACAAGGGAACCUAAAAAAUAACGUGGGUUUAAACCCUAAAUCGGUAUUUCGGCAUUAUCGCAGCGCGUACAUGGGGCAGUAGAUGGGUAGAAAAGCGUCGGAGCGGGAUUUUCUUGGGCGACGCAAUAACCUCCACGCACGACGCGUCUCGAGAAAAAAAAAAUAAACGACCAUUGUGAGAAGAAUUGCUGCACAUCACCUCCCCGAAAAGCUAAGCCGGGCAAGCGACUGCAACGCCACAAGCUACGCUUCGGGCCUGCCCGUUAUCAAAUGCUUAGCAAUUUUUUUUUUUAAAUACUCCCGUUACAAAACACUCACGAGAAAUAAAGGAGAGGUGCCAACUGCACACACAACACACAGUUUACCAAAAAAAAAACUAACAAAAAAAACUGACGCCCUCGACCUCGACCUCGUUAACUAUGAAAGCUUAAAACGUCGGCUGCAUCGUGCAACGUGUAUCCCUCUUGAGAAAUUACAAUGUGUUUUCCAUGUGUGUAAGGAGUUAGUCACUUGAGAAAUUGUGCUUUCAUGGCUGUGUAGUUUUGUUUCUGUCAGCAAACACACACACACACACUUGUUGUUGUUGAUCAAUGUCCUACUUUGUUGGCUUUAUUAUUUGUACCUUCCUUUCGAAAUGGUAACUUCUCAAAAUGUCCUUGCCUGGGAGAAUGCAACAUUGUCUACAGAGACGUUUGCCAAUUGAAACUUCAUGAAGAACAUAAUACAUUACAUUUCAUUACCAGUUAUUUGAUGACAGCCUACACUUGAUAUAACUCAGUACCUAACGUUUUAACAAGAGGCAAAUGAUUGCCACCUAGUUUUAAUUAGGAAAGAAAAAAAAUCGGUUUUUACUUUAUCAUAAAAUCCUCAUUUCGAGCUACGAUUAUUUGUGAUUUACCAAAGAUUAUUUCUAGGGAUGGUUUUUAGUGGCUGAGUGAUCGUGAUGAUCUCGAUUUCCCUUCCGAAACCAAAUAUCCUAACUGUCGCUGCUGAAGCUACCAAAUUAAAGCUUCUAGAGAUCCCAAACAGACGGCAUAACCUCAGCGGACCUGCACACGUGACAUCAACGUUACCUUCCCGAUCUUUGCGCGAGGCAAAGUUUCGAACCUGCGUGAAUAGAUUCGUCGCAUAUUUUUACCACGAGAAUAAGGAUACAGCAUUGAUGCUUGUAGCCCCAAAUUUACAAAAAAAUACAUUUCCGAUAACAUUUUUUUUAUUAUAAAUUACACUUGUAUUGGCAUCUCUGUACCGGUACGUAAAGUGUCAGAUUAUUCCCACAAAUUACGAACGAAAAUCAGUUGACGUUAUUCUUGUAGUUAAAAGCUGUAUUAAAAAAAGGAUUUAAUUGGGAAAACACUGGCAGGAACACACGUGUAUGUCUUCAACGUUACAUGAUGUGUGCAUCGUAUAUACUGUAAGCGGAUAACGCAGGUGUGUGCACUGGUUCUGUGCAUCGACUGUGCACUGAUGUCAUAGGUCUGUGGGUCCGCUUGCAAAUCUGAACCAAAGGUCUCCCUUGGAACCAUUUAACUACCUGAAAAUAGCUCACAGUUGUUAACCAAACAGCAUUAACACAGUUCACAAUCAGCAAAAAUGUAUUUCACUGAUAUUUAAAAAAAAAAUGGCCGCGCCAUCACUACAAGCAGAAGGAUGGAGGUGAGAUUCUGGGGCAGGUCUCGUUAUCGCCUCUUGAGUUUAGAGCGCACCUGCGAAGUAAAGAAAAAAAAACCUACUAGACAAAGGGGAAGCGGUCGGAGCGUUUCAUAACGAUCGCCACGCCUGAAAACAAGCGGUGGGCGGUGGUGGCGGUGGUGUUGGUGGUGAGUGUGCCACCGUUCGAAGCGCACAUCUGUACCUCUGGCCAAAGGGGGUGUGGGAGGGGGGCUCCUAGCAUUGAAAAGUCCCCCCCCCCCCCCCCCCGCUUUGCUGCGUUGGCCGCCUUGUUCACUGGAUUGUCAAGCCUCACGCCUGCCCCACGAGAGACCUUGUGUCUCCCGCCACCCCUUGGAUGCAACAGUGGGGUUUUUGUUGUUGUUGAUGAUGAUGAUGUUGUAAAACAUGCGCCGGAAAGACAGGCCAUAAUCUGUCUGAUGGCACACAAAGACAAAGACCCCACCUCCACCCCGUGCAGCCUUAACACACUGUUGGGGCAAGUGCUGUUAGCGAGUAGCACCUAUGAAGGCCGGCACGGCACACGUGGGGGUCGGGUGGGUAGCAACCACGCCUGGCCGCCUUUGUCUCCCCACAGUGGCGAUUUUUACACAUCGCACCGGGUACUCAUUUGAGGCUGAGUCGACCUUGGGGAGGCCCAGGACCAGUUCAGAUACUCUACAUUUGUGUGGGCGCAUGUCAGCAGACGCGCACACACACAAAAACAAACGCGCGCUGCUGUGUUAGAGUACUCCGCCCCAAUGCUGUCAUACUAUCGGUGCUAAAUUAGGCCCAGUCUAAUUUGGACACUGGCUACGAUUAGAAACAUGUGGGGAUUUUUUUCAUUUUUAAGCAACGUAGUGACGAUAACUAUGCGAAACUUUGGCUCAGUAUUAGGGGAGUAAAGUCCACCAUCGCACGGUCACAUGAGAUGGAGCUCCCUAGCCGUGCUGGGGAAUUCGUGGCGACGCAAGACGUGCCUCCGAAUAGCACGAAGUGGCUACGUACGGUGCGAAAGAAGUUUCAAGUUUUCCAUUUCGCAAAGGGGGGGUGGGGGGGGGUACAGCUAAUGGUUUCUUAAGUUAUAUAUUUUUUUUCAGUCGAAAAUAAACCACUAAAGGUUGCUUGGAGAUGUUUUUAUUCGUCGAAACUUGAGGAUUUCCCCGCAAAGCGGUUGCGACAGAUGUAUUAAUUCAGCGAUUCUCGCCACACCGCGUAGCUCUCUGUGAUCAUUGGAACAGGGCACGCACCUUCAUUUCCCACAUUCACGUGGCUCUGUGAAACUGUUGCAUAGCGCUUGUUUUGGUGAGCGCAUUACAGCAGCAAAGCCGUCUCGUCCUCGCGGUCAUUCACAACCCAUUGAAUCUUGCUGCCACUGGCACAGAUGUUGCUCUUGACUUUACAGCACCAUACUUGCAGGUUGCAAGGUACUCUUCGGACCUCAGAAUUAAACAAGAUCCAGUGCUGGUGAUGAGCGCGCCUGCGAAGUUAAACCGGGCUUGUUUCUGGCCACAAACAAUUAACAAAAAAUGGGAGGCACAGACGGUCGGCCCCAAUUGCCCUCCCUUUUCACCUGUUGGUGGCGUAAACGUUCUCUUUGUAUAGUUGUUAUCGGUGUUUGUUGGGAUGCAGGACAUAGAGAUGUGUACAUAAAAACCACGUACGAAAAAAGCCACAGGCCUGCCCCAAGAUCAAAAAAACUAAUUAUAAUCCAGUCAGUAUGAUAUGAAGUUUUUGUGCUGGGUAGCAGAUAAUAUAAGAUGUUGCAGUUGUACAUAUAUACAUAUAUAAAUAUCUAUAAAUAACAACAAAUUACAAUCUUUAAAAAAAGAAACCUCAAAAUGAAACCAGACCUGUGUUUAGGAUAACAUUUAGGUCCGUUGAUGGUUAAUCUGAAGAACAUAUCUCUGCGUGUUUUUUUUUUGUACUUUAAUGUGCUUUUGCCGUUCGCAUCUCUUGCUGUAAAGUUAUUCGCUUGCUUCCCGAGCAUUUACGCUAGAAUCGCCGCUUUGGACCGGGAGGUCUUCGCUGUGAACGUACCGUGUGCAUGUCUGUUGUUUGCGCACGCAUUUAAGUGGACUGUGUGUAAGCAGUUGUUGUUCUUGCUGCGAUGGUUGAAGCAUUUAGACGUGAAAUCGCCGAGGGCCCUCGUUUUUAAGAAAUGAUGACGAAAUCGAAUAAAUUACUAGCUUUAGUAUUAUACAAGAUCAUCAGGUCAUUGUUAAAAAAAAACACAAAAUGUAAAAAAAAAAAUCACACCGCGAUCUCUUCCUCUUUGUACAUUUUAGCUCCGAAAUGGGGGGCGGGGUUGAGUUCGGGGGGGGGUGGUUUUGAUAUCUUUGUAACGGCGUUUGGCACGUUGAUAAAAUAUUACACGUUUUGAAUUGGCUCACCGCAGUUCAGAUUCAAUUUCUCACUUUGCCCUCGAGACUUCGCGAGCGCUGUUUAGACGAGCCGGUGUGUUUUCAUUGUUUUUAUUUCAUUAUUUUGUUUUUAUUUCAUCAGUACAUGAAAACUAAUAGGACCAAACUGCAACUUGUACGAACAACUUGCGGCCCGUGAUUUUAAGACGUGGCCCACUCUGUGGCCCUCUGAACCGCAGGGCUGGCUGCCACCAAUGCGCAACGAUGGCUCGGUAGCACUAAGCUCUGCGUGACUCAUUCACACUGUCAUGUGUCCCCCCCCUCCACCCCCAAAGAGCAAUUGGAAGGUUAGCAGAUGCUUUUAACCUCUGGAUUAUGAUUGCAAAAGACACCAGUGUUCAAGAAACGGAGGGUGUUUUUUUGUUCGUUCGUGACACAAAUUGCUGUAAACUCUAAAAAGAUAAUAAUAUUAAAAUGAUUUAGGAUUUUCUUUUUUGCUCUUAGCUAUGUCAAUGCUGUGCAUACGUAGAGGGGACACAUAUUGCUUGAUUUGUUCUACUUUGUAAUAUAAAUUUUAUGGAAAGCAAGGCUCUUUCAGGCUGUGUUUGGCUUUCUAUUGUCACUGUUUACAAACCAUGUGGCUUCCAUAUUGAUUUUAAGAAAGGCAAAACUGUAAUGUAAAUAUUAAUAUCGUCAGUCAAAUAGAAACAAUAUGCCUCUGGACAUAGCUAAGAAAACUAUAAACGGCCAAUUAAUUUGUUUUCUGUAUUAAUCCAGAAAAAUUCAAAGUACUUGUCAAAAGAUGUAUUGAAUUUACCUCUGAUCAAAAUGUAGCAUUAUAAAACAAAACGAACAUUAAAAAAGAUAUCUUUACCAGAUUAACAUGAGGACAUUUCAGUUCGUGUCAUGUGGAUUAUCCCAUUGCAAUGAGGACAUCGCACGCCGCGGUUGGUGCGAGUUGGACGUGCAAAGCUCGGCUAUACAUUAUGUCGCACGAGUGCGUAUUUCUUCAAAUUGCGCAUCUUAAAAAAUAAACUAAUGUAUAAGGGUGCAUCCCUCACUGCCACCAACACGGACAUUUUUGUGUAAAUAGAGAAGUGAAGGCCAGCGUAGCCUGUGCCAGCUAUAUCGGGUCCACACGCGCGCGCUAAAACAGACCAAUUCUGUAGUUGACCAAUUGUAGCUGUGUGUAAUCUCAGUACUAAUUACUGACAAUGCUGUAAUGAAUGCAAUAAUAAAAGGAGGUUUAUAAAU